UCCACCUCUGUUUUGCACGCCGACGGCGCGAAGAAAAACGCAAGAAAUACAUUUAAUUUAGUUUAAUAGCCGUUAAUUAAUCGUUGUUCAGUAAAGUCUGCAUUUAAGUGCACAGUAAUCAAGUCAAUUAACUAUUCAUCGAAGAAAUAAGUGAUAACAUGGCGACGAUCCAGGUAGACAAAACACCGCUAGAACAGCCAAAGCACCAGCAAUUUGCACUGCUGCCCAAAAUCAUCAACGGUGGAAUUGCUGGCGUCAUUGGUGUGACAUGUGUGUUUCCAUUGGAUUUGGUCAAGACGAGGCUGCAGAACCAGCAGGUCGGUCCAAAUGGCGAACGCAUGUACAAGAGCAUGUUCGAUUGCUUUCGCAAGACAUACGCCGCCGAAGGAUACUUUGGCAUGUAUCGCGGCUCGGGUGUGAAUAUCCUGUUGAUUACCCCUGAGAAGGCAAUCAAACUGACUGCCAACGAUUACUUCCGUCACAAGCUGACCACCAAGGAUGGCAAGCUACCCAUCAGCAGUCAGAUGGUAGCCGGUGGUCUGGCCGGUGCAUUCCAAAUCGUUGUCACUACUCCCAUGGAGCUUUUCAAGAUUCAGAUGCAGGAUGCGGGACGUGUGGCAGCGGCUGCCAAACUGGCUGGCAAGACGGUGGAGAAGGUGUCGGCCACCCAGCUGGCCUCUCAGCUGGUCAAGGAGAAGGGUAUCUUUGGGCUCUACAAGGGCAUCGGUGCCACAGGUCUGCGAGAUGUGACAUUCUCGGUGAUCUACUUCCCGCUGUUUGCCACGCUCAAUGAUCUCGGCCCCAGGCGCAAGGAUGGCUCUGGCGAGGCUGUCUUCUGGUGCUCCUUCCUGGCUGGCUUGGCGGCUGGUUCUACAGCUGCUCUUGCUGUCAAUCCUUUCGAUGUGGUUAAGACACGCCUUCAGGCGAUUAAGAAGGCCGAUGGCGAGAAGGAGUUCAAAGGCAUAUCCGAUUGCAUCACCAAGACGCUGAAGCAUGAGGGACCCACGGCCUUCUUCAAGGGUGGCCUGUGCCGUAUGAUUGUGAUUGCUCCAUUGUUUGGCAUUGCCCAGACAGUUUACUAUCUGGGCGUGGCCGAGGGGCUGUUGGGCGUGGAAAAGAAAUAAAGGAGGACGACUUCCCCUUUCCGAUAGAGCGGAUCGAUAAGACAACGCAUUUUAAGUUUACUCUCUAAAUGUUGAAUGUGUAUUUGUGUUUAAAUGUUAUUGUUAAAGCUGUCCAACAAUGUAAUUGUAAAGUCUCAAAAAGUUAGCCAUCAGUCCAGAACGAACAGUUGUUAAAGUUAUCCUUGAUCCCCCCUCCCCGUAUACCGACAGAAUAUUGUAUGUACGUAUAUCAUAGUACAGGCCUUUGGCAGUGAACCUAUGCUCCUAUGACAAUAAGAUAAAGUGGAAUCAAAGCUAUUAUUAUGUAAAAUGUUUGUUUGCUAGUCCCUUUUGUUUUAGUAUAAUUUAUAACUGUUGUGUUUUGCCUAUCCCUUUCUCUCUCUCUCUAUGUAACUCUCUAUCCCUGAGCCAUGCACAGUUAGCUGUUAACCUUUCGCUUAUAAUCGUAUUACAAAUGCAUUUUUCUUUUGCUGCUAGGCCAAAGUGUAACUUUUAGUAGCGUUAAAGAACAUGACUAUAGAGCAAAAACCAUAUACUAUACUUUAUAAAAAACUGUCAGACAUGAACAAACGAAAUAUAUAUCUAUACAUAUGUAUCAAAUUUA